GCGAUAGCGAAUAUGGAACAACCUAUCGAUGCUUCAAGUUCCGGUGGACUUUUUGAAAAAGCAACCCGUUACGUCGGAAUAUUUCCUAGCAGCAAAUCUAGCACGUAUUCGAAAAUGGUAGCUUUGCAGAAAACUCCUUUCAAGAGUAAAUCGCAAGUUUUCACGCCAGCCUUUAAAAAGAAGGUAUUUCCACGUCCUCCAAAGGACGUCCUAGGGCCACAACCUGAAUCUAAAUUGGCGGAAGUCAAAGAAAAACUGACAAAAGCACAGAAGGAACAUCAACAACUUUUCGAUGAGGAAACGAAACUUCACAAUCAACAAACCGAAAAUCGCGUAAUUCUCGCCAGCUUAGAAAACACAGGCGAGGAGAAGAUAGACUAUGAUCAAAUCAAAACACUUUUAAGCGACGGUAAGUUUUUGCAUGUGUAUCACUCUUCUUUAUUUUUACAUUGCGCCGACCCAACAGAAUGGGCAGGGCACCAUCCAGGAGCUUCCCGCUGA